CUUCCACGCGUCUCCACAGCGAUAUUUACAUGCAAAGCCCGGGACCAGUCCUCUCAGCGUUAGUGCGGUUUUAGAGGGAUUAAUUGAGACCGAAUAAUGACGGGAAUGAGGGUUUUCCUUAGGCUUAGCCCAUCGUAAUCGGCUAACUCCUAGUGUUAGAGCAGUCAGGUCUGGCCUGACAACAGCCAGUGGCGAGCACAGAGUAAGUUCUCUGACUGGGAAGAAAAUUGCAGCAAAUGGUCUCCUCUAAGAAAAUGGCUUGAUGUUAGUUGGUAGAAACUUAACAUGGAGUACUGCUCUACCUGCUCGCGUUGUCCAUUGCCAUGGAAACCAAGUUUUUCAUUAACCGAUAUCCAUUGAGGACAACCCGUGGAAUGAUGGGACUACCUUUUUCACAUUUUUAAAGGAUGAGUGCAUUUAUUGGGACAGGUCGCUCAAAAUACUGAGCGAGUGCGUAGUUUACCUGGAAUCCUCGCCUGUCUACCUGUAAAUCGGCGUUUGUCUCCUUUUCUUUGAUCUUACAGGCAAGGGCGUAGCCUUCUGCUCCUUCAGCACGAUGUUGACCUCUAAACCGGGCAAGAUCCUUAGCCCGCGCCACGCAGAGAUUCAACAAACCUCCAGCCUGUCCCCCCGGGAACCCCCGCUCGGUCCAGGGCACCCCAAGGCCAAGAAGACAAGGAGUCUCAGCAGGUCCUACAGCGUCAAGGACCUCACAGAGGACGAUGCCGAACUGUCCUCGGAACUCUCCAUUGACGACAGGCUUCCUGGUGUCCUCAAGAUAUUUGGUGAGUCGGUUCUUCCUGGGGCCGAGUAUAAGAGCGUCCUCGCCUCCACCCGUUCCACCUCCCAGGAGCUCGUGAAGCAGGCCCUGGAGCGCUACGGCCAGCCCCCCGGGCAUUACGUGGAGUACGUACUGUGUGAAGUCAUAGGGCUGGUGGAGACGGCAGCCCUCUCGUAUUCUCAGAGGCCCAACAACAAGUGGCGAACAGUGUGUAGGCGUGUUCUUGACGACUCGGAUAAACCUUUGGAACUCCAAUCCUACUGGAAGCCUAGCAAUGGUUUCUCCAGACGCUACGAACUUCAUAAGAGGGCGGAAGUUGUAAGAGAACAUUCAUCGGACGAUACGCUAGGGUUGAAUGACAAUGCCAGAAAGAUAAUGAUGGCCAAGGUUGCCCCAGGGGCUAUUCCCUUGUCUGCGUCCUGGAACAUGGAGACCUCCCAGUUCAAGAUUCAUAGUCAUGACGUCAAGUCUAUUCAAAGGGAGACAAUGUCUGACGACAGUGGCACCACCAGCUCGGAUAUAAGCUCCACCCAGAACCCCUACCUCCUGACGCUGCGAGGCUACGACACACUCCGGGACCAGGUGCAGUAUCAGCUCAAGUCCAAAUGUACCAAGGUAGGCAAGUUUCGUGGUCAUCCUUAUUCUUCCGAGAUUGGACUGGGAGGACCUGAUAUACUCCCGUUACAUUGUGUUUUGACUCUGAGGAAUACUAAAGGAAAAGGGUCGGUACAUGCGGACAAUAGGUACUGCUUCUAUAUAGAAAUGGAAGUGUUCGAAGGAGCUCUGGUUGCAGUAAAUGGACACCCAAUAAGUGACAUGGCGCACAUCUAUGCUGGAGACGUCAUCACUAUAGGCAGGCAUUAUAUGUUCCUAUACAAAGAUCCAUCGGGAGGAUACGACAUACCCGAGAGUCUGUCAUGGUUCAACUCAUCAUCGACUCACCAUGACUCGACUCGGCUAAUGUCAUCCAGAGAUCGACUUCCCCUCAAUGAUUUCCUCAACUCGAGUCUGGGUACGUCAGGAGAUUUCUCAGCGUCGUUUGACGCAGGUGAAGGGGGUGCAUCCGCCAGCGAGGGUCACCAGAUAACGUUUGCCUACUGCAAGGAGAGGGAGGAGGACCUAGUGAAGGCCAUCCUGGAAGUCCACAGCUGCAGCAGACGGGACCACCCUCUCACACCAGCUGUCAUGCUUGUAGCCUGUCUCGACCACGCCCACCGGAAGUUCACCAGGCAUCACCUGAGAAACCUUCAGAGGAGAGUGUUGUUCUGUGUCAGGGAAAAAGUUGCCGAUUUGGCUAAAAUAUUGUCGUCGCAGCGUUAUGAAAGCUCUGUGUUUGAUUAUAGUUCCCCAAAGACUGACUAUGAUCCACUGAAGCUUCUUAUCUUCUGGAUGUCAAACACGAUGCAACUGUAUGUGCACGUACUCCACGAACUUCACAUGCACAGCGCCAACCCAGACCCUGAAGACGAUUUGAACGCAGGACUCCAGGAACUGGCCACCGGGUUAGAGGACGUCGUGAGCUUCAGCUUCCAACAAACAGUGUACUGUGUGACAAAGAUUCUGUACCACGUGGUUGGGAAGGUGAUGGACAGUAACCCCUUUUCCGGCAGUGAGACAUGGGAGAAGGACGGCAUCGGCCACGUCCUCAGUGUGCUGCAGACAACCCGAAACAUAGCAUCAGACGUCAAACUACACAAUGACGUCAUGAAACAGCUUAUGACGUAUCUCUUGUUCUUCCUUAGCACAUCCUUGUUCAAUAGGCUUAUCACUACAGAGUCUGAUGCCCAGUACUACAACUGGACGUUCGGGGUCCGCCUCCAGGCCAACCUGUCCCGACUUGAAGAGUGGUCAGUCAGCAAACAGCUGGACAGACAAUUUCACCAAGUGUCGCAGCCCCUCACUGCUGCGGCCGACCUUCUGGCCAUGUCCAAGAAUAUCCUUGUCAGGAUGGACUGGCCAGCUUUCCGGACCCAGUUCAGUUCCUUGAACGAGUCCCAGCUGCUGAAGCUGCUGCGUGGUUACCAGCUGGGGAUGAAGAAGGCUCCACCCUCCCACUGGUUCCCCCCGGAAGGUGGCAUCAGCAACCCCAGGGAUGAAGAUUUGCCAAUAAAGUUGUCCUCCCAUCCAGCGUUCGCUCUUCCCAAAGAGGGAUGUCCAUUGGAUCUCACACAGACGUUUCCUGAAGGGUUCCUGGAGUACCUUGAACACUUCCAGACUGUAUACGGCGCAGAGGAUGAUGACAGCGACAGUGGCUUAAGUGUGAGCAAUACUCCUAGAGUAGCAGAAGCCGGACCUGGAAACUCCAAGACUUUCUUUAAUAUUGACUCUCCCAGAGGGAGCCACAGACAUGAGCCCCAUCGAGUGGACAGUGUGCCCCCAGUACGCCCUUCUCGCUCGUCAAGUAAUGUCAGAUCCCCAACAGCCAACAGAAGCCAAGGUCAGCAGUGGAGGGCAAGGUCACAAGAACGACCUCCUUUACCGUCAGAUAGGUCAAGGUCAAACGGAGGCUAUGGAGUUCAAUUCAACAAUAAAACGACCGAUUUCCCCCUUCCUAAACGGAAGACAUUAUCCCGUGUUCCCCCUUUAGAUUUAUCUAGAGACAGUGACAUUAGUAGCAACACUUCGACAGCUCCUUAUAACAAGGUGAAGUCUCGGUCUACUGAUAGCUUACUUCAAGACACGUCAACAGACAGUCGUAAUACUGUUCCUCAGAAGUCUAUAUUUAAAUCCCCUCGAUCUUCUGGCCCCAGCGUGAGGGUGGGACGCACUAGUGUUGUCAGGUAUGAUAACGUGUCCAAGUUACCUGAAGAUGUGUAUGUAGACGUACAACGAUUUGAUUCCCGCAACAAUAACGCCGCCACAAGCUUGAAAGUCUUGUCUCUAGAAGAUCAAACCAAAGUCGGUAUGUAUGGAGCUCUGCACCCAAGGCUUUAGGUGAAUGGCCAUAGUUCAUUUCAUGCAUAUCUUCAUCAAUAAAGUUAUUGAUAGAUUAAACAUAACAUGUCCCAAUUUUAUGUAGAAUAUUAUAUACUGUCGUCUUGUAUUCAAUAUAUUAAUUAAUGUUCUUCAACCUUUAGUUGCAUUUAAUAUUGAUAUUGGAUGAGUUAAAGUUCGGAUCAAGUUCAGUCACAAUUACCAGUGUAGACUAGUAUAAUGACAAGGUUCUUUACUCAUCGUGUUGUCUGUAACCCUUCUCGAAUCUCCGAGUGUAUUCCCGUCAGGUAAGCUGUAUCCUGUGAACAACCUACCUUCAACCCGUGGGACUGUCAUUGUUUACCGUAAGCUUUACUUACAUUCCAGAAUGAAGGGUUAGCCAUGUUUGCUAAUCAGUCUUCAGACAGGUAAUCUAGGUACAGGCUACGUGUGAGGGUGUGUGUGCAAGGCCGCUACUGCUGGAUGGUGGGGGGUCAGGCUUUUAUAUACUGCUUGCCUCGUGUAACGCUCUUCAAUAGUCCGCUCUAUUGCCGUGCAUCCAGCUUACAUUAAUCUUUACAUUGUCUUCCUUUCUCUGAAGGCUGUUGGUUUGAUGUAGUAUAGAUGGCCAUAAUUGCAGUGCUGAGUGAAAAGUAAUAUCGCAGAUAUUAUGAUCAUAUAAUACCCUAUCACAGAUAAUAUCAACAGUACCCUGUGAUUAAAUGAUCGGGUAAUAAUACCAGUGUCAUCAACUAGCAUCAAAGUCACUCAAGGUCAACCACUGUGCUUCGUACAGCGUAUGCGUAAUCCAUUGUAUCUCAUUCAUCUUGUAGUAUCAAGUGUACCUCACAAUCCAUCUUGUAGUAUCAAGUGUACCUCACAAUCCAUCUUGUAGUAUCAAGUGUACCUCACAAUCCAUCUUGUAGUAUCAAGUGUACCUCACAAUCCAUCUUGUAGUAUCAAGUGUACCUCACAAUCCAUCUUGUAGUAUCAAGUGUACCUCACAAUCCAUCUUGUAGUAUCAAGUGUACCUCACAAUCCAUCUUGUAGUAUCAAGUGUACCUCACAAUCCAUCUUGUAGUAUCAAGUGUACCUCACAAUCCAUC